GCUGCAAAUCCGACUAGUGGUAGAAAUCUGUGCAGAGACUCCACUCGCAUUUGAAGGUUUUACUGCGUGGGAUUCACUGCUUGCAACUACUCUGUCAGAGUUAGUUAUCCGAACGAUUACUCUGGAAAUAUCUGAAUUUAUCUUGGGUUAAGUUUUUAUAUUAACAUUCUCCGCUGGCAUCCAAUACAAUGCUCAAAUGUAUUAUUCUUUUUGUUGAGUUGUUCAUCAUUUAUCAGGCUCUGGGUGAUAACACUGAGGGCUCAACAUUUACUUAUCAUGACACCAAUGAAGUUGUGCAUGAGGAUGAGAUUUACCACACCCCUCAGUUGGACUACAAACAUCCGCAGUGGUGUCAUAGACUCAAGCUCACCAGCGGGGAGGUGUCCUGUACGUCACCUCGAGGAGGUCGCCACCACAGCACACUUGGUACUCGCUGCAUGCUGUCCUGUGAUCGUGGAUAUAAACGACUGGGACGAUCAUCAGUGCAGUGCAUGCCGAACCGCCGCUGGUCUGGAAGUGCUCUCUGUCGAAGGAUACGAUGCCAGGUUCUGUCUGUGAUUGACCACGGUAUGUACAGUUGUAAUCGGGAUUUUGUGGUGGACUCCAGGUGUGACUACACCUGUGAUGAAGGCUAUCAGAUUGAGGGCGAUCGCUACCGCUUGUGCCAAGAAGAUGGAAAGUGGAGCGGCACAGAACCUACAUGUACAGAUUAUGACCCUCCCAAACUGAAAUGUCCUUUGUCCAGAGAGAAGGUAGCAGAACCAGGAAAACUAACCGUCAUGGUUUCCUGGGAUCGUCCUGUAGCUAAAGAUACCGCUGACCGAGCAUUACGGGUUUUGCGAAAUGGACCAGAGUCGGGAUCUGACUUUCCUGAAGGAACACAUGUGAUUCGAUAUAAAGCCUAUGACCAGGCUGGCAACAUGGCGACCUGCAAGUUUAAUGUGCAUGUUGAAGUGAGACGCUGUCCAAAGCUGAAGCCGCCGAUGCAUGGUUAUCUGACAUGCUCAUCUGAUGGGAAUAAUUAUGGGGCUAUAUGUGAAUACCACUGUGAUCCUGGCUUUGAAAGGACAGGUUUUGUGACACGUGUUUGUCAGCUUAACCGCAGCUGGUCUGAUGAAGCAGCUCAGUGUGUAUUAAUGGACAUUAAAACAGACGUAAGGUCAGCUGGUGCUCUGCUGGAUCAGUUUUAUGAAAAAAGAAGACUUCUUGUUGUAUCUACACCAGAUAAUGGUAACCAGAAAUACAGGCUUCAGAACAUGAUGCUGCAGAAGGCUGGUUGUGGUCUAGAUCUGCGUCAUGUGACUGUGAUCGAGCUGUUAGGAAGUCCUCCUCGAGCAGUGGGCCGCAUUAAAGAACAGCGUCUACAGCCUGAGGUUAUCGAGGAUCUUAGACAGGCGCUGCAUAUCUCUAUGGCAUAUUUCACCAUGGUUCUUCUGGAUGAUUAUGGUGUGGAUCGAGAGCGUUUUGUUAACCCUACCAACUCCGAAGAGCUUUUUUCCUACGUAGACGAAUUUCUGCUCACAGAGGAGGAGCGAGAGAGACUGGAGAUGAACGGGGACUUCUGUGAAUGAGCAACUAAAAAUGUUCAUCAAUUGGUCAACAGGUCAUCUACAUACCUCAAGAUUCUCCUGAAUAACUACACAUUUGAGGUACUAUUAUCAGAGAAUCACAGCUGGAAAUGUGAUUUGGAACAGGUUUUAAUCUGCCAGUGGAAAACUGCCAGAUGAGGUUGCAAAAGAUACAUAUUCUAAAGAAAAUAUUUCCAACUAGGGCUGGGCGAUACAGGAAGAAAUCAUCACGAUAUAAUUUUUAAUACGAUUCGGUAUCAAUAAUUAUAGAAUAAUUUUUACAAUCUUAUUAGGAAUAUUAGAAUUUUUUUUAUUUAACUAUUUUAUUUCAAUUUAUCAACAUUACUAAAGGCUAAUAGUUUUAAUAGUCAAAAAUAAAAAAUAAACAAAAAUAUCUCGUCUCUUAUGGCUCAUAAUAAAAUAAGUGCUAAAGAAACUCAAAUUUAAUAAAUAAAUUGAUACAAAGUGUGUGCAAUGAUAAAGCAUAAACGCUGAACAAUCAAAGAAAACUUUAAGGUUGAUCAACACCUGUAAGGUGUCUGUAAUAAUAAUCACACAGUAAACCACAAACUCUAUUAACAAAACAAAUUAUGAUAAUCAAAGCUUUUAAGUACAGUACCAGACAUCAUUAUUCAAAUACAUAUUGCAACAUUACGAAUUGUAAAGUUGAAUGACUACAUUACCCCUAUGCUAAAAACUCUUUCAGAAGGGGAUUCUAGUGGCUGGGAAGCACAAGAAAAGAAACCAAAAAGCCACUCUGGUGACAUCCUUUUUCUCUUUACUGCUGCUUGUCACGGCACUCAUUUUCUCGAGUGUUGUUGUUCUGACCUGAGGUGGCGAAACUCAACCGCAGUCUGUUCAUAUGUCGGGUCUAAAAGCAUGUGAAAAGCGUAAGCACCUGGAUUCCUUUAUUUUCAAUGAGCUUUGUGCUCAAGCACCUCUGGCAUCUCUCUUAACUAGGUGGACAUAAACCAUUUUCUUAGAGGAUGACAAACGAACAAACCAUUGCUGCGGUUCUAAUCUUAAUUUGUAUUUAUUAAGAGAAUGUAAAAGCACUGCAGUGUUUGGGUUCUCCGAGUCAGCAAUUAUUACCGAAUAUGUAUAUUGCAUACAAAGUUUGAAGCAGAUUGAUUAGUUCUACUUACAUGAAUCACGGUGCGCACAUGGCAUUCUGAAUUGCUUUCAACUAGGUGUGCUUGGAAAAUGCGUGGCGUGGCGUCACGUGCCUGCCUUGAUUGGAAAUAACCCAUAAGCUUAUUGCCAUUCCUUCCAAGGCGCGUGCCCAGCAGACACAUUUUAAUAAAACUAUAUCGCUUCAUACCGAAACUUCAUACUGAACCUUUUUUUUUUUUUUAAUUGUAAUUGACAAUGGUGUUCAGUCAAUAAAUAUCGAUCCCAUAUUAUCCACCCAGUCCUAUUACUAACCAUCUAUAUUCAAGUGCACAGCACAUUGUGUGAAUUCUUAAAAAUAUUUAAUAUUUAUUAAAAUGGUAUUUUCAAUAAGGCGCUUACAAUGGAGUACAUCAGCUUUAUGACAUGACAAUACAUUGUGGUUAAAUAUGUCAAAGAUUCUGAGCUAUACAUCACAUUUAAACUGAACUAAAAUAUUUUUAAGAACAUCAUUAGAAUGAUGAUGUACCUGAAAACAACAAUUCUGAUACAACAUUUAUGGGAAAUAAAUAAAAUUCAGAUACACACA